UAAGAUAAGUAAGUGUUUAUAUCAAUGUAGAUAGUAACGUUCAAACUCGGGCGACCUUAUUAGAGUUUUGUGCUUAACUCGCUGCAGCUGCACUUUGUAACAAUGAUUUACGUUUUGGUACUGUGUGCGUUAGUUACUUUGAGUCAUGGAACUAAGGAUAUAAUCAAUUUUAACCCCCACGAAGAGGAGUGCAUAAACGAGUUGUACGGUUCCAAAAAUCAUCUACUCGAACAACUUUUUGCACGACAAUUAUUCAUUGAGAACAACGAUGUUGUUCGAAAAGUGGUAUCUUGCUCCUGGAAAAAGGAAGGAAUAAUCGACGAAGAAGGGGAGAUAGUUUUCGAUAACUUCAAAAAGUACCUUAUCAACAGCGUUCGAAAAAUAAACGGCUGCACCGAUUAUCUAGCCCUAUUGGUAGCUGGAGACGCUUUUAACUAUUGCAAGAACAUAUCUGGAAGUGCGUCUUCUGAUACCGCGAUUAAAAUUAGCAAUUGUGUUAUUAGAAAAAUUAACUCGUACUACUUACGAUCGUUAUAAUUACCAUAGUAUAUGUUAUACUAGUGAGAUUUUGAAGUGUAGUUACCUGCUUAACGCGAUUUAUUUUAAUUGUAGGUUAGUGGAAAUAUUAUCCAGCUGUCAGUGGAAGAAGAAGAAUGUAUUGUUGAAACUCGAAUAAGUAGAGACAUCGUACUAGCAGAUAAGGAAAGUCGGUACUCUAAAGAGGAACCUCUAUUAAACACCUAUCUUGGUUGUUACGCAGAAAAACUGGCAAAUGCUGGAAAACUUCAUUUUACUAAAAACGUACAUGUAAGGCUACCAGGUUACAACACUCCGUAUGUAAUUACAUCGUUAUACUGCAAUGAAAAUUAUUAUUCUUCCCUAAAUAAUCGCCCGUGCGUUCAGCGUAUUUAGGACUGCCUUUAUUAGUGGUGUAGUAUUCUCAUAAAAUGCUCAGUUUUGAGAAUUAAACAAUUUAUUAUUUACUUGGAA